AUGUUUGCAAGAAUUCUGGCACCGUUGGCUAUCGCAAGCUCGUUUCUUACCAUUGCGUCGGGAACUCCUACCUCACCAUUUGACCUCUUCGCCAGAACAUCCGCAGCAGGUAUCGACGUGAAGUCAUUAGCACCGUAUCUCUCUGCUACCGCGAAGAUUUACCUCCCCGAUACGAAGGAGUUUGCUACUUACACCACCCGAUGGUCCAAUCUACAGGCUCCUACGCCGAGCAUUGUGAUCGCACCGGGUACGGAGAAGGACGUCCAGAAGAUUGUAAGUUCACAUGCAGGCGUCAUGCGUCUGAACAUGAGAGAGAAGAAACAACAGCUGAUACGUCCACGGCAGGUCAAGUUUGCGAAUGAUCACAACAUCCCGUUCCUCACCUACAAUGGCCAUCAUGGGACGCUUACGACCUUGGCCAAGAUGGACUAUGGUAUCGAGAUCUAUCUGCCGCAGUUGAACUCAGUUACCAUUGCCAAAGACGGAAAGUCAGCGACUAUCGGUGGUGGCGCCAACGUGAAGAACCUGACAGACACUCUGUGGGACGCUGGAAAGCAGACUGUCACUGGCUGCUGCGAAUGCGUCAGCUAUUUGGGACCAGCCCUCGGUGGCGGUCACGGAUGGUUCCAAGGCCACUAUGGUCUUAUCACCGAUCAGUUCCUUUCCAUGAAUAUCGUGCUCGCAAAUGGAGACUUUAAGACAAUCGACAGCAAAUCAGACCUCUGGUGGGGUAUGCAAGGGGCUGGUCACAACUUCGGCGUCGUUACAUCCGUUACCACAAAGGUGUACGACAUCGAGCAAUACGACUGGGCAAUCGAGACGAUCGUCUUCAGUGGUGACAAAGUCGAGCAAGUCUACGAGGCCGCCAAUAAGUACAUUCUUCAAGGUGGAAAGCAGUCCGCGGAUAUACAUGACUGGACGUACUGGCAGAAUGAUGCAAGAUACGAUACCGAGGGGCCGGUGAUCAUCAUCUACAUCGUUCAAGAGGGUGUUACCACUGUGGAUUCCAAAUAUACCGCACCGUUCCACGACAUCGGCCCUCUCGCCGCCACACCCCAGUCCGGCACCUACAAAGAUCUCGCUAAGUGGACCGGCAUCGCGCUCGAAUCACCUCCAUGCCAGGACUUCGGCUUCAACAACCCUCGCUUCCCUAUCUACAUCAAGUCCUACAAUGUCACCGCGCAGCGCAAAGCCUGGGAUAUCUACUCCUCCGUCGUUGCCGGAGCCGACAACCCAUACUACAACUCCAUCUUCAUGUUCGAGGACUACGCCAGUGGUGCUGUUCGCGACCGUAGCAACGAUGCUAGCGCAUUCGGCUUUCGCGACGCGCAUACCCUCGCUGCACCUCUGAUUAUAUACAAUUCGACUGGAAAGGCGCAAGACGAGGCAGUCAAGGAGCUCGGCACGCAGCUUCGUGAGAUCAUUCGCGAGGGCACAGGGUCUAGUGAGCUACAUAUCUACGUAAACUAUGCGUAUGGUAAUGAGGGGCCAGAGGCGUGGUAUGGUCACGAGGACUGGAGGCAGAAGAAGCUGAAAGCGCUCAAAAAGAAGUAUGAUCCCAAGGGGAAGUUCAGCUUCUACGCGCCUAUUGCGUAA